UCCAAAGACAGUGGCAGCACAGCUCCAAAACCUUCAUUUUCCAAAUCACCAUGAAGCUGGUCAUCCUCCUCACCCUGGUGGCUGCUGCCGCUGCCAGCUUCUCCCCCUACUACUACUACAAAAACAACUACUACUACCCUUACCACCGGGGUGGCUUCCGUGCCCUGAGCGGCCUCGGUGGCCUGAACAGCUUCGGUGGACUGAACAGCUUCAGUGGCCUUAACAGCUUCGGUGGACUGAGCGCCUUCGGUGGCCUGAAUGGCUUUGGCAAUGGCUUCAGAAACUUCGGCAGCUUCGGCCAUGGAUUCAACAGCAACUUCGGUCACGGAUUCAGCGGAAACUUCGGCCACGGCUUUGGUGGAGUCAGCAGUGCCUUCGGCCUUGGACUCGGCAGCAACUUCGGCCUUGGACUCGGCAGCAACUUCGGCCUUGGACUUGGCAGCAACUUCGGCCUUGGCCUCGGCAGCAACUUCGGCCUUGGACUCGGCAGCAACUUCGGCCACGCUUUCGGUAAUGGAUUCAGCAGCAGCUUUGGGCACGGCUUUAGUGGAAUCGGACGCAGGUUUGGUAGCAGGGGAAGGUACGGAUGCUACUACGGAUACUACUGCUAAUCGCGCCCAUUUUCAUUCAACACUUUCCAACUACCCUGUAACAAUGGCCGACUGUUAAGCUGACAAUUGACAACUUAGUAUGCCGCGGUCUCCUCUGUGUGUGCGAAAGUGUGUGAAUUGGGUGUUCCAGUAUGAGUGUGCUUUCUUGCAAAUAAAUCAUAUGCAG